AUGUCUGACCAGCAGCCGGAACUCCUGACGAGGUUUCAGAAGCAGCUUGAGCCAUACAUCAAGCCUCGCGAACAGGUCAACUACAUCAGGCGCGUCUUGGCUCUUCAUCUGGGAACCUGUGCCGGCAAUGGCGCCAUCCAGAGCCCUCUGUUUCUUGUCGACAGCUCAAAAGAAGUCACCACGCCUUCGGACUUGAAGGGUGUGUUCAAGGAAUACGUCGAAGCCCUUCAGGCGAAUUCGGCAGCUCGCCGACAGUUCGAGGGCCUGUUACAGAAGAGUGCCCCUGAGGAUGCCGAGCCGCCAAAAGCAAAGGCAGGCAGCGCCGAUCUCCUGGAAGAACGACUGUGCCUGUUGAAGCUGCGGCAGAAGAGGGAAAGUCUUCUCGCGGUUCGCCAGUCUCUGGACCUCCUAAUGGAGAAGCCUGCUGCCACGCGCGAGUUUCUAGAUGCCAGGCACGUCUUCCAGGGCAGCCCCGGCGUGCCAAGUGCCCCUGACGAUGUCAUCAACAGCCUAGCUUCCGAUCAGACUCCUCCUGGCGCGGGUCUCAGUGAUCGGAUACAACAGCUGGAGAAGACGGUCUUGAGAGCAAAGCUGCUGCUGAAGCAAGAGGAGCAGACCCUGCGUGAGACAAGAGCUCGGUCCAAGAACCAGUUCGACAUGGUCAGCAACGGUGCUCGCCUGGAAGCCUUGACGACGACUCGCAACGAGCUCAUCACUUGGAUGGAGACUGAACUUGGCAAGGCGCCUACUGGAGGAGGCUCGAGGGCGGGCAAAAGCGGCAGUCAGAAGUCGAGAGACGAUCCGUCGAAAAUCGCCGCCCAUCUCGAGGCAAUCAGCAAGAAAUACGCCAGAUACGUGUCCUUGAGGAAGACCCUCCUGGAGCUGGAAACACAACAAGCUCAGCUAUCUCAACCCUCCCACCCAACACUACUUCCGCCAGCACAGCUCGUUGCCGGAUUGGAUCGCAGCAGCAGCAAACCUCCGAUUCCUACGGAACAUCUUCUUACCCCCUAUCUGAAGGCCCUUGCCUCCAUUUCCGUCAGUCAAAAGUCAGCCAUCAGCCAGAAAUCAUUCUUUACGUCAGCAUUGUCCAAGCAGACUCAGGAUGCCUGCCAAGUCCUCGGCCGCCUCGGCGAGGAGAGCCAUUUGCUGCCGGCUUACCCGAUGAAGGACUCUCUCCGCCGGAGGUCUGGCAUACAGACGGAGAUAGCAUCAAAGUCUGAACAGCCAGACAUAUCCAAGCGCAUCAAGCCAUGGGUGUUUGCCGCUGAUGCGGCCAAGAUUGCACUCCUUGAGUAUGCUGCAGAGACUGUUGACAUCGGACAGGUAGCUCUCGAGAACUGCUUGGAGAACCUCCGAGAGAUUGACCUUCUCUUGGGAUUUCCUGAAGAAGGAGAGGAUGCGGGCACGGGCUCUACUCGGCAAGCAAGACUUGGGUCCCGGAAGAAUACAUCAAAGAAUAGCGUCUCAGAUGACGGGUACGAUGUCUGGUCCAGGCUACAUGGAAACUUGGGAGUGCUGAAAGAUGCGGCUUGA